AUGAUGAUCAAAACCGCCACUUUGAUGACUCUCGCCGCCGGUGCCCCUGCCGAAGGAGAAUUCGCUGCUGCCGAGAACAACAGACGAUACAAUCAGCUCAUUAGCUGGAUGGAGUUCUACAAUCCCACUUUUGACGAGAGAGACUACUGGACUUACGGAUGCCACUGUCUUAUGCUAGGUGAUCGACCAAUGACCCAGCCCGGCAAGGGAACUCCCGUCGACGCUCUCGACACCACUUGCAAGGCCUACAAAGAUUGCCUCAAGUGCGCUCGAGAAACCUACGGCGACAUGUGCAUCGGCGAGUUUGUCGAGUACAACUUCAACAUCAGCAAGCAAAAGUGCCGAGACGACGCUGGCACUUGCGGUCGAGCCCUUUGCGAGUGCGACGCCAUGUUCGCUAGGAACCACGUUGAUGCCAUCGCCGUCUACAACGAGGACUACCACAUGUUCUACUCGACAACUGGUUGGGAUGGAGAGAGCCAGUGCCUUUCUAGCACAGGAGGAGCUGUUGAGCCACAGUGCUGCGGAACACCAACCGGACCUGCCGCAAUCUUCAACGCCCUUACUAAAGAAUGCUGUGCCAACGGAACCAUCAAGCCUCUUGGACAGUGCUAG